GAACUAAACAGACCGGUGACUUCUUAACAGGUUCGGAUUCAGCACUGAGUUGAAUGAUGAUGAUGCGUUUUUGCUGUCCAUCUCGUGACACAUCGGAUCGUUUUUCUGACCGAUGCUUCAACUGGUUUCCUUGUCUCUCCGAUCCCGCUAGAAGAACUACGUUGCGUUUGCAACUGACGCUGGUGAUGGUGCAUUUUGUUUUUAUCGGUUUCAUAUUCAUUUUCGACAGUGAAUUUAUUAAGAAAUUGAAAAGACAGCCUUGUGUUUAACAGGAAAGAGGAAACUAAAGGAACUAUCAUUUCAACUCUCUGUUAUUUCUUUACUCCCCAUGUUUUCCACUAAAUUCACUCGUCUCGUGAUUUUAUCUCUCAUUCUUUUACUACCUUCUAAUGAUUCUCUCGAAGCCUCUCUCCUGCAGGUACACAUUGGUCUAUUUGUUGUUAUUUGUUGCUACACUAGUUCAGUAUUUUAUUACAUGUGGUUCUUCUCCUGGGUAUGUGCUUGACGCAAUGAAAGAUUUUGCUAGGGCAGAUGCCUCAUUAAGGGCGUCAGAGAUCUCAGUAGACCAUCUGGGUGAAACCAUUUCAGGGGAUAAUGGGACGAACUGGACAAAGCUGGUGAUGGGCAUGUAUCGUCAUGGAACAUCUGUCAGGUCUUGCACGUGUUCUUGCUGUAACGUUGUGCAGCCUCCAAGAGCAGCACAUUGUCAUGAUUGCGACAAGUGUGUUCUUCAGUUUGAUCACCAUUGCGUUUGGCUGGGAACAUGCAUAGGACAGGGCAACCAUUGUCAGUUUUGGUGGUACCUAUUUGAGGAGACCGCUUUAUGCAUCUGGACUGGCAUCUGGUAUAUGGAGUUCCUACAAGAUUAUAUUAGAGAAGCAUGGUUGAUUGAUGUGAUCAUAAUCAUAAUGCUAGUUGUAUUGUCAAUUUCACUGAUGUUUCUACUUCUCCUCCUCAUAUUCCAUAGUUAUCUAAUCGUCACAAAUCAAACCACCCAUGAGCUGGUGAGACGAAGGCGUAUAGCAUACAUGAGAUCGAUUCCUGAAAGGGUAUAUCCGUUCAGUAAAGGCGUGUGCAGAAACUUGUACCGUUUUUGCUGUGCAAGAUCGAGCAUAUACAGAAUGGAAGCAUUACCGAGUGCAGAAGAAGUAGCUCAAAUGUCGAUACCCUAUUCAUGUUUUGAUGUUUUAUCUUGUAGAUGUUGCUGACCGACUAUUCAUCGUGUUGUGACCUGACCACAUUGUUGUUUUGUUAGCAUAAAUACAUCAUUAAUUACAGUAGACAUUCUUCUAUGACUUCUAUGAGUGAAAUGAAUGUAUAGAUGGAAAAAGAAUGGAUUGAGCCAAAUGCAGAAUUUGCAUGCAUCUUUUGUUAUUGAA